AUGACGUCUGGUACCGUCUCUUCCCUUUUCUUGCUCCUCUUGAGCUGCACACCGGCUCUGGCUCAGACGCAGUCCGCGCAGUUUAAUCAAGUACUUAAUAUCAAUGGCGAUAUGGCAAUCAACUCUUUCCAGUUUCCGGACCGGUCAAAGAUCGAGACAUUCUCCCAGACGCAGCAGCAACUAAUCGUUAAUCAAAACACGCCGCCUGUUCCUCCCAACCAAGUCACGGGCUCCACUGGUCAGCCAUUCGUCGCUAUGAGUGCCCAGUCUAUGUCCAUCAGCACGAAUAACGCAUCCGACCUCGUUGGCGCCGAGAUCGAGCUCACCAUCGAUCCGCAAAUGCUGCAACAAAAUGCCGUCAAUCCCGACAACACAUUCGUGGCCAAGCUCUCGCCGGAUAGGCAGACCUGGAUGAUCCAAGAGACAGUCAGGAGCGUCAACAUCUCCGACAUGACUGUCCGCAUGGUCAAGAUGAACAACAUCGAUGGCGAAUACAUGGCCCUCGGCCGCCAGACCAUCGAGACCAACGCGUUCCUUCAGAACUUCGGCAGCGACGCGGCUACACAAGUCGCCAUUCAAGGCACCGGUCUGCAGGAGAAUGAGUUUAUGGACGGAUUCAGGAUGUCGACGCGAGCCACUCAGCCAAUGACCAUGAACGUGGACGUCAAGGACGGUAUUGAUGGGAGCAUGUUGGCGGCCUUGCAGGGCCAGGAGCCAGUCAAUGACUUCCGCUACUCGGUCGUGACGAACCUUGCAGGUGUCACGCCGGAUCUCAACCAGCAGGUCACGGUCAUUCAAAUGCCCAUCAACGCCGUCCGCAUCCAGAACAUGAUGCAGGCAGCAGGCAUCCAGCCCGGUGGCCAAGUCGCAAUUGCCGUCGCCCAACGUGGUGUCCUCCAGAACCCCGGAGGUGCCACUGGCAACCUCAAUGGCGCAGGUACUGCACCCGCUCAGCGCCGUGGACGCUCCGUCGAUGCUCGCCAAGUCCAAGCUGGUACUCCCACCAACGGUAACAACCCCGUCGCCACCCAGCUUCUGCUCGCUCCUACCUUUACGCCCAUUCAGGCUAAUGCCGUCCUCGACCCCGUCAACAUGCGUAUUGCCAUCCCCGUCCGCGCCGUCGAUGGAGAGUACAUCCUCACCAUGCAGACUGGUGGAGCGCAAGGCCAGCAGCAGCCACAGGGCGAGCAACAGCCCCAGGGUCAGCAACAGCCAGAAGGUCAGCAACAGCCAGAGGGUCAGCAACAGCCAGAGGGUCAGCAACAGCCAGAGGGUCAACAGCAGCCCGAGGGUCAACAGCAGCCUGAAGGUCAACAGCAGCCUGAGGGACAGACACCGCCGGCUGAGCCGCAAGGCGCAACCAACGGCACCGCUCCUGCCGGCGAAGCCGCCGCGCCCAAGCCCGAGCGUCGUCAAGCCAGCGGAGAGGAGAAGGCCCCUACAGGCGGCGCUUUCCUCACCAUGAAGGAGGUUGACAAGAUGGUUGAGCUCAUGGCGUGGGGUGGCCAGGCGCCCAUUACGCAGAUGAUGAACGACUACGUCAAGGCGAACACUAACAGCACGGCAUAAGGCGCAGGUCUAAAGCUAAUCUGCCCUGCUUUGAGGGG